GUGAAAGGCUUCAGUACUUGCACCUAUUAAGCAAUAAUGGACGAGCUUAUUAACCCAAACCCGGUUGUGCACGAGCGGCGCGCCACGCAGCGCCAUAACAAGCCGGUCCACAAGCAGACAUCAGGUAGCUCUCUGGGCUCAGGGGACCGCGAGCCCAUUGACGCGCUGGAGAUCUUUGAGCACAUCCGCGACAUCAACGACCCAGAGCACCCCUACACGCUGGAGCAGCUGAAUGUGGUGUCUGAGGACAUGAUAGACGUGGACGACGCUCGGGGGCGUGUCAGUGUGCAGUUCACGCCCACCGUGGCUCACUGCUCUAUGGCCACCCUCAUUGGGCUGAGCCUGCGUGUCAAGCUGUGGCGCAGCCUGCCGCCGAGGUUCAAGGUGGACAUAAAGCUGUCGCCCGGCUCUCACUCCUCCGAGGCGGCCGUGAACAAGCAGCUCAGCGACAAGGAGCGUGUGGCGGCGGCGCUGGAAAACCCCAACCUGCUGGCCAUGGUCAACAAAUGCCUGGCGGGGCCGGCGGGCGCCGGUGCUGGUGCUAGCGUGGCGCCUUGAACAGGCAUGUGGCGCGCCGUGGCAAAAGUCAAGGCAUUGAAGUAUUUGAUUGCGGGUUGUGUUGAGCAUGGGCUGGAUGAGCUUGGAGGCGUGUGUUGGUUGUUGGUUGUGGUUGCAAAGAAACCGUGUUGCGUUGCUGCGAACACGGCAACGGCAAGUCCGUGAGCGCAGGCCUGGCGGCCGGCGCGAGGGGGGCGCCGCGCAGACCGGGUGCGGCCCUGCGGCCGCGCCCCUCCGGCUGCGCCUGCCGCAGUUGCCGCUGCGCCACUCGCUGCAGCGGCGGUGGCCACGGCGUCGUGUGCACUGCCCCGGCCGAGGGCGCCCAGCAGGGGCCAACCGGCGCCGCGGGCGGCCCACGCAGGCAACCCGCGGCACGCCCCAGCCCCGGGCUCAGCCCCAGGCCCGCAUGCUGCUCUGGCGCUGUGCCCUCGGAAUGCAGCCUCCGCAGCAGUCCAGCACCAGUAGCCCACCAAAGCGCUGGCCCGCUAAACCACCUCAGUGCCGUGCGUGCCGCCCUCGCCGCCGGCGUCGACGCAGCUCAGCAUCAGCCCGCUGACGCAGCCACACGCUCGCUCGCGGGGGCGCUACAGGGGCGCUUCAUCCGGGUAGCGUGGCUGCACGGCGGCGCUGCGGAGCCCCGAAGGGUUGCUUGACCAGGUGGUGUCGCCGGGUGGCGCCGCCUGACGGACCGCAUGGUGCGAUGAGCGUGUUGGCGGCGCCGCGCAACGUGGCGGCUGCCAGCGGCCGAGAGCGGAUGAGUGGGCGGGCGGCUGGGCAGUCAGGGUCAUGGCCACAGCCCAGGCUGGUCAGUGUUGGCCGCGCCCGGCUGUGGCUGCGACGGGCGUGCGCCGCGAGCCACCGUCACGCACGUUGCCGUCGCCUCAGGCGUCGACGCUGGCGCCGAUGCCGUUUGCCACCAGGCAGUCAUGCGGCUGGCGGCGGCUGCACGUCAUCUAGCGCAGCUCCCGACAAUACAUAGGCUUUGCCGACACCAGCAGCUUCGCAUGACGUCAGCGCGGUGAUGGCCCCACGGCGCGGAGUACUGCUGACGUAGCGUGCGGAUUCGAUUUGUUGCCAGGCGGUUGUGUACGGUUGUGUGUGCUUGGCUUGUGUGGUACCGGCUUCGGCGGGACGAAUGACCAACUGUGAUGUUCAGUGGGCGUUGGCGCAGUGUACGGUGCAGAUGUUGCCAACUGGCGUGAGAGGCCGCAAGGCGCAAGAGGAUGCCCACCGGGUGUCAACCGCUGGCUGUAGCAUGCAUGUCCUUUACUGAUACGCUAAUGUGUUUGAUGCGUGGGAUGUGGGAAUAUGGCACAUGCGUAGAAUGUGGGCACGGAACUGGGACAGUGCGCAAGGAAGAGGGGUCUUCAGGGGAAUCUCAUUGGGCCAUUUACUUUACGCUGGCAAGAAGGUGCUGCCGAGCGAGUACCGCAUCAUAUACAUGCGCAUGUAGGCGUGUCAGCGCCUGUCAUCAUGCCGUGUGCACUGUGCAGUAACAAAUGCUGAGUGGAUCAGGAAUACCGUGUUGCAGCCCACACCAAUUCUGGUAACGCAGAGUGUGCCUGUGUGGUAUUGCCCGGACCAGGGAACCCCUGGCCCGGACGCCCACUAGGUGUAGCAAUGCUCGCGACUACUCACGGC